CAAACGAAACCGUGAAACGGAUUCGCGAUCAAUAUCGCCAGUCUUUUUUUUUUUUCUUCUUCUUGAUCACUCGGCGAUCGCGCUCGUUAACGGUGACACGUUAACGGUGCUUUUAGUGUAUCAUAGUGAGGGAAAGUAGGGGGAAAAAAACUGCAGCAGUUCCCGGCUGGCUCGCACGCGCGCCUCACUUUCGGACGAAAGUGCGCGCGCGCCUCGACGGACUUAAAAACCGAAAUCGCGCGCUCUGCGUCCGGACUUCAGUCCGCUUCGAAGCCGAGCGCACACGCCCCCGCGCGCGCGCGCACACAAAUCGUCCUUUUCUGUAGCCGUAGUUGUAGUAGUAGUAGUAGUUCUUAUUUUCUUUUUUUUCAGCAUAAAACAGUCAGAGGCAUCGCUCGCGUUCUUUUGCACAAGUCUCUUUUUGCGUCCGCGCCGUGAAGUUCACAGAGCCGUCCGAGAGAAACGCGAGUCUCCGCGCAUCCCGACUCGCCCGGAGGAAAAGUCGAAUGAGAUGAGCAACAGUGCUGCGAGCCCAAUGGCAGCCAGCAGCACCUCAAUGGCAGCAAGAGGAUCCGGAAAACCGAUCAGUUUCAUCCCAGAGCUGCAGAGCAUGAUGUUUGCACUGGGGGAUUCUCGGAGACCCCUACAUGAAACCGCCGCCCUCGUCGAAGACAUAGUGCACACACAGCUCAUCAAUAUGCUCCACCAGGCAGCUGAGGUGGCUCUCCUGCGAGGAGCCAGGGUCAUAUCGCCAGAGGAUCUCAUCUUCCUCAUGAGGAAAGACAAGAAAAAACUGCGAAGACUCCUUAAGUACAUGCAGUUUCGAGAUUACAAAUCCAAACUGAUGAAAACCCUUGACGACGAGGAGCCGCUGGACUCAGACAAAUUCUCCAGCAGUAGUGCCAACAAGAGGCAGAAGCUGGUGCUGGACUUCCUGGGCUCCAUUGACCAGACAGGGGAGUUCCUGACACUGUUAGAGGACGAGGAGUUGGAUGAAGUCAAGCAGGAGCGGAUGGAGAGACUUGAAAAACAGACGAGGAAUAUGGACUCGGCACAGUAUGCUGAGUUUUGCGAAAGCCGACAGCUUAGUUUUUCUAAGAAGCUCUCCAAAUUUCGUGAAUGGUUGGACUGCAGCAGCCUAGACCUGAAGCCCAAUGGGGUCUCCAUGGAGAUCCUGUCGUAUCUUGCCUAUGAAACAGUUGCCCAGAUUGUUGAUCUUGCCCUUUUGGUUAAACAAGACAUGACCCCCAAAACAGGCGACCCAUUCAUCCAUGCCAUAUCAGCCACUUUUCUGCAGUACCACAGCUACGGGGCUGAGACUGCAUCUGCCAAAAGAGAGAUGGACUCACCAGAGAACACACCUCCUUCCACCCCAAGCUCCGGUCAUCAGGCCAAACUUCACUCCGUGAACCAGGGUGACGGCUCAAUCUGUCAGGACUCCAGCAGCAAGAGCAAACAGCGCAAGAGGAAGAGAAGCGCAGCAGCGUGUGGCGCGGAGGCUCAGAGCAGUGCCAUCCAGCCCGGCCACAUCAGAGAGGCCAUCAGGCGCUACAGCCACAAGAUUGGCCCACUCUCCCCCUUCUCAAGUGCCUACCGCCCGAGCGGCAUGACUUUCCUGGCCUGCUGAAGGGGAGCGACGGUGUAAUGGAGGGAUGCAAAAGAAACGAGUGCCAUGUGUGUUGCAGAGCUUCUCACCUCUUCUGUCCCCCCACUGCUGAAGCUUAGGGCUGAGAGCAGCACUAUAUGUUCUACUCUAUAACACUACACCCUAGAGGUGCUCUUUUUCGUUGGAAAACUCACAGCAGAGCGUUUAACUGGUUCCUGUUUACAUCCACCAUAUUCCUCACUCCCUUCAUUAUUCACAUAUUCUACCAUGUAUGCCUGAUUUCAUUAUUGGCAGAAAUUAUUUUAUGAUUUUCUUUACACUUGAAGUCAUUUAUUUUGUACUUUAUGAGACAGUAAUUAAGUUUGCAUCAUGGUCUUUUUUUUUCUACUUAGGUUGUGUUUGUCUUUUAUCUUGAAGUAAUAUCAUUUAUAACCCGGUCAAUUUCAAUAAAAUAAAUGAUGCCUGCCUUUUC